CCUUAACUCAUAAAACUUAUUGUCGACUCUCAACGUACUUCUUCUGUCUGUUUUCUUUUAUUUCUCUUUUUAUUCUUUUAUUUUAUUUAUAUUUAUAUUUUAUGGCAUUCUUACCAGUAAACCACAACAUGCGGUUAUACCAUGGUUAUUAUGACUGUGGUUACGGCUAUGUUUUUUUUAUGUUGAAACGAAAACUUACGUAUUUUCAUGCUCUUUUUUCUCUCUCUCCUCAUAAAAAAUCAUGGUUUUCAUCAGUCGCAAUCACGCGCUCUGUAUCUACUACCCAACUAAAGUUCAACCAAGAAAACGUUGCUAAGGCUCUAGAAAAAUUUCAGGCAUUAAGCGAUGAACACGAAGUGUGCUACUUGAAUGAUUCCACAGUUCCUGUACUUGUAUUAAAACCAAGACUAUAUGGUAAUUCUUUCUUUUUCAAGGAAUAUUUCACAGAAGAAAAACCAAAAGUAAAUGUUCCAAAUAAAUCUGUCAUAAAACUUGAUAAAUACCAAGUAAACGUGCUAAACAAUAUAGUGGAAUACAAAGGAUUUUUAGAGACACAAAAAGAAUUAGGUUUAGAUUCCACAAAAAAAGCAGUAAUAUGGGUCGUCCUGGAUUAUGCUGGUUUAUCAACAAAUGUUGAAGAUUUAAAAGAGUUUCUCAGACUCCCUAUCACAUCUGAAGUAGAAAUUUAUGAAACAGAGGUGUUGCUUCAAGACCAAAAGGCAAUAAAGAAGUUCGAUUGCAGAACACGACCUAUACAAAGAUCCUUAUGA